AUCUUUCUCACCUUCUUGUUUGACACUUGCUUGCCCCGCCUCCUCCGACACGUCACAGCAACGAAGCACCGGGCUGUUGUGAAAAAGCAGUUUGUCUUCUUUGAGGAGAAAUGUGUCAAGUGUGAAUGAAGUGUGACAUCACUUGCCUUGGCAUUUUUCAGACAUAGGACACUGUUGCCUUUUACGUCGCAGGGCGUGAACGCGAACUUAUAAGUCCUUAAAAAUGCAGUUGUUGUUAUUAGGACGGAGCCAACAACGCAGAUGAAUCAGGAAACACAAAGUUUAGUCUCCCCCCUCCUCCUUUGUUCAAUUUGUGGUCGAUCAUUUAAAGGAAUUGGAUAAAGGAAGUGGUAUUGAUCAUAUGAUGACUUGCGCGAACAGGAUUCUCAGAUCCAUAAGUUCAGUUUUCAGUGAGUCUCCUGAAGGUCUGUGACUGACUUGUCCGACAUGGAUUACAGCUGCCAGGACUGGAUGUCAUCUCUACCCGAGGAGCUGUGGGACGUUCCUCUGACAGACCUGGCCAUACCUGGGAGCCAUGAUGCCAUGAGCUACUGUCUGGAUAUAAACUCCCCCUUGGUCAGGUCUGAAUCAGACUGCUUCAGGCUCCUGGAUGGAGUUUUCUACUGCUUUACAAGACCUGCCAUUUUUAAAUGGGCUACAACACAGGACAAAAGCAUUGAGGAGCAACUUUCGAUGGGCAUUCGGUUCUUUGAUCUCCGCAUUGCACACAAGCCUGACGACAUCUCCAAUGACCUGUAUUUCACACACGUCAUAUACACACAUUUAACAGUCUUGGAAACACUGUCAUCUGUUGCCACGUGGCUGAAGUCUCACCCAAAGGAGAUUGUUAUCCUUGCUUGCAGCCAUUUUGAGGGAAUCAGCGACGGACUCCACGAAUCAUUCAUUUUAUCCCUGAAGAAGCUGUUCGGCUCAAAACUUUGCCCCCGAAAGGAGUCAGUCCUGACCUUGCGCAGUCUGUGGGCAUCUGGUUACCAGGUCCUGCUGUCCUAUGAAUCCCAAACUGCAGUGAGACAUCAGGAGCUGUGGCCUGCCAUCCCCUACUUGUGGGCCAAUAAGCGCACAGCUCAAGGAGUGAUCAGUUACCUGGAGUGGAACAAAGACCUCGGGCGUCCAGAUGGCUUCUUCAUCUCUGGCCUGAACCUGACAGCUGAUAGGAAUUACAUCACCAUGAACCCAAAGCAGUCCCUGCGGACGCUGACCUUCAGUAAUUGGGAGUAUUUGAGGAAAUGGCUGGAGGAGCAGAUACCUGGGUCGGACCCCAAGAGCCUCAACAUCAUUGCAGGAGACUUUGUGGGUCCACUUCCACUCUGUUCUCUGGUCAUUGCACUGAACCAAAAACUUCUACGAAAGAACAGCAGUCAGAAUAAAAAGUGUUAUUAGCUGCUGUGGAUGUGUAAUUCCAUGGGGACUGAUCCCAAGAUAGCUACUGAAACAUAUACCUCAUUGCCACUUUUCUAUAUUUCUGUCAAUUUAAAUGUCUACUUUGUGAGUUUUAACUGAAAGAGAUGGUUUGAAAGAAAUCUA